AUGCCAGAUGCUGUCUAUUGUGCCAUGUUUGUGCACACUCUUCAUUCCCUGGGGACACCAUUUUUUAACACAGUCAACCACAUUGAUAUUCUCAUUUGUAGAACCUUACAGCCUAUGAUAUGCUGCUGUACUGAAUAUGAAGUAGGUAGAUUUGGGAAGUUUCUGCAGGAGACGUUGAAGAUCGCAUACUAUUGGAAGGUUCACUGGAAGUGGAGUCAAAGGAUUACAAAGUUAUUGAUUCAGUGUCUGGAAUCAACUGAGUACAUGGAAAUUCGUAACGCACUCAUACUGUUGUCAAAAAUUUCUAGUGUUUUUCCAGUUACUCGAAAGACGGGUGUAAAUCUUGAAAAACGGGUUUCCAAGAUAAAGGCUGAUGAGAGAGAGGAUCUUAAGGUGUUGGCAACUGGUGUUGCUGCUGCUUUGGCUGCUAGAAAGUCUUCAUGGAUUACAGAUGAAGAAUUUGGUAAUGGAUAUCUUGAAUUAAAGUCUGCACCACUUGCUUCAAAGUCUUCGGCUGGUAAUUCAGCAGCCACACACAGUGGUUCUACCAUUAAUAUUUCUCAAUCUGAACCUAUAGGAGGGAAAGUGGGAGCCCUUCCCUCCCAACACCCAGAAUCAUCAAACUCAGUCAAAGACCAGAUUCUGAAAACCAAAACCUCAGAUGGGAGGUUGGAAAGAGCAGAAAGUAUCUCAACUGUAAAAUCUGAUCAAGGGCAUCUAAAACUUAAAGGUGGCUCAUUGGUGAGUGGCUCCGAUGCUCAGUCACCGAUGCCCUCAGCUGCUUUACAAUCUGGAACAUCAAGAUCUAUGGAAAAUAAAAAACAAGUGAAUGAAUCCUCAAAUAGAACCUCAGAUGAAAACAUGGGAAAAGCUGCCCCGAAGAACUCUUCUGAAUCUGAGUUGAGAGCCCAAGCAAAACGGUCAGGUCCUGCUGGAUUGCUUGCUAAGCCACCGAAACAGGAUCUUGCAAAAGAUGAUGGUAGAUCUGGAAAAGGAAUUGGCAGAGAUGUCUUGUGUCAUGCAUCAGCUGUGUCUACAAAUGUUUCUCCUGCCAUCGCAGCAAAUGGUAAUACAGUUUCAGCAUCAGCUAAAGGUUCAUUUGCGAAGACAUCAGUAGAAAUUCAUGGUAUUGAAUCAAAGGUGGAUGUUGGAGCUGCAAAGGCUUCCAAUACAAGGGUUUCUGCUCCAAAGGAAGAUGGUCCUGAAACUUCUGAUGCACUGAGGCCCCAUUCUUCUCGACUUGUUCAUUCUCCUAGGCAUGAGAAUUCUGCUAGUGCUUCAAAGUCUAGUGAUAAGCUGCAAAAGAGAACCAGUCCUGCUGAAGAAACUGACAGACAAAGUAAACGGCGGAAAGGGGAAACUGAAAUGAGGGAUUUUGAGGGCGAAGCUCGAUUGUCUGACCGAGAGAGGUCUGUUGAUGCUCGACUGUUGGAUCUUGACAAAUCAGGAACUGAUGAUCAAAGUGUUUAUAAGGCCUCUGAUAAGCCUUCAGAUCGGUCCAAAGAUAAGGGCAGUGAAAGACAUGACAAGGAUUACAGGGAAAGGUUGGACCGUCCUGAUAAGUCACGUGGAGACGAUUUAGGUGAGAGAUCCAGGGACAGGUCAAUGGAGAGACAUGGAAGGGAGCAUUCAGUGGAGAAAGUUCAAGAGAGGGGUAUGGAUAGGAGUGUGGAUAGACUCUCUGACAAAUCUAAGGAUGACAGAGGUAAAGUAAGGUACAAUGAUAUAUCAACGGAAAAAUCUCAUGUUGAUGAACGGUAUCAUGGGCAAAGCUUACCUCCGCCACCACCCUUACCUCCUCACAUGGUUCCACAUUCAGUUAGUUCUGGAAGAAGAGAUGAAGAUGCAGAUAGAAGGUUUGGGACCACAAGGCAUACUCAAAGGCUUUCUCCGAGACAUGAUGAGAAGGAGCGUAGACGAUCUGAAGAUAAUUCACAAGAUGAUUCAAAACGUAGAAGAGAAGAUGAUUUUAGAGAUAGGAAGCGCGAAGAUCGUGAGGGGCUGUCAAUAAAGGUGGAGGAGAGGGAGAGGGAGCGAGAAAGGGAGAAAGCUAACCUCUUGAAGGAGGAGACAGAUGCAAUUGCAGCUUCUAAGAGGCGGAAACUUAAAAGAGAGCACCCGCCUUCUGGGGAACCUGGUGAGUAUUCACCAGUUCCUCCUCCUCCACCACCUCCCCUUUCUAUUAGUUUGUCCCAGUCAUAUGAUGGAAGAGAUAGAGGAGACCGAAAGGACCCCCCCGUCCAGCGUGCAGGGUACUUGGAGGAACCAAGUGUGAGGAUUCAUGGUAAAGAAGCAGCCAGCAAGAUGACUCGUCGUGACCCUGAUCCUUUCAGUUGUACAAUUGCGUAUUGGAAAUUUGGACUCCUUAACCAGGUUGCAGGAUGUAUGAAUGGGAGGAUGAGAAAAGGCAAAGAGCUGAACAAAAGAGAAGACACCGGAAGUGAUGUACUGAGAGUUUUCAUUAUCUACAUGCUCUUGAUGUAG